CUUGUCUCGUAAUUUCAUCACACUUCAUUCUGUUCCAGAAUACAGAAUUUUUACACGAUCAGAACAAUCAGUUGGUUGGUUCUUGAGACAUUAGCACAAUUUUUUUAAAAGUGGCGUCAAUCUCCUCACGACGCUUUCCUUAGUGUUGGAUUCGACCUCAACAUGGAUCACAACCACGAGCUAGGGGCUAUUGCCUCCAGUGUUCAGGCCGUCCUGCGCUCUUUUCAUAGCUUAGCACACCCCGUUGCUAGUGAUGCUGCCUCUCCCAGUAUAGAUCCGUUGCUGACCAAAUUCGAAGACGAGAUGACGCGCUUCAAGAUGUGGGCUGGUAACUUAGGAGCCCACCAGGCAGGCCGAGCCUCACUCGAUCAUCGAUUGAGAGAGGCACCUCAUCUACAGGAAUCGGUCAUUUAUCUUCUCAAGGAUUUAUCCGAAUCUUUACAAGAUGCAGUGGCUAUGGCAGCCCAUGAGCAGCCCUCGUGGCACAAAACUCCGCCGCCCAACGCUGAUGAGGGCAAUACUAAAGCUCUCGAUGACAGCAGUGACUCUGGGUUUACAGACUCCGAAGAAGAAGAUAUUUCACCAGAAGCGCGUCUGUCCACGAUUUGUACUGACGUUGGAGAGGCUAUCGACUGCCUUCUACGUCUGUCCGUCGCCAUCGCGAAUCCAGCACCUCAUGAGAGAGUUCGCAAGCUCGGCACCGGCCCCUCCGAGGAUGUUUCAUUCUAUGAAACGCACGACAUCAACUACGUUCGAGACAAGUUCCCCAAGAUGAGCGAUGAGCUAGCCAGUAUCCUAGGCAAGUCAAUUACGCGUCGUCGACAGUUCUUCAAAUACCGCGAAGCCCACCAUACCAGACUGGCUGAGGGCUUGGAAGCGAUGGCUCUCGAUACGGAAGUAGACACAAGCCGCACUGAAAUAGUGCCCAAGACUGUUGCCUCAUCCCUGCCUGAUCACUUGAAAAAGUUGACAAAUUUCGAUCUCAGAACUGAUGUGAUUGACGAAGACGGUCGAUCUGAGAUGGGAAUGUCACAAACACCCUACGCUACCUCUGCGGGCUUUCUAGCAGAAGACGUGGAUGGGAAGAUGCAAGAGCCGCCUCCGCCAUUGAAGGUACCGCCUUUACCAGCGGCUGCAGAACGCGGGAGCUUCGAGUGUCCGUUUUGCUAUAGAAUGGUUUCCGCCAGCAGCUCGGCGGCGUGGAAACGCCAUGUCUUCGGAGAUCUUCGCCCCUACACAUGUCUUUUCUCGGGCUGUAUGGAAUCCAAUAUGGAUUUCGAUCGCCGUCACAGAUGGCAGUUGCAUGUUUCACAGUACCACUGGCGAUCUUGGUUUUGUCCCUUCAAAUGCGAAGGAACAUUUCCAUCCAAGAUUGAACUUGCGGGUCAUAUUGGCCACCAGCACAUGCCAAACGCCUCGGAGGAUCAAGUAAAUACUGCCACAGCCCUUGGGGAGAAAUCAGCCUCGAAUGAGAGUGUCAAUAACUGCCCUUUGUGCGCCCACGCUGUGGUGGGGUUGAAGCCAUAUGUCAAGCACGUUGGCCGUCACCUGGAGCAGUUGGCCCUACAUGCUCUCCCGAGCCUUGACGAUGAAAAUUCUGAAGACGGCGGUGGCAGUGACGAGCAAAACAGCGCAGCGUCUGAAGCAAAUUUCAGUGACGGCAAUAGCUCGUAUGCUCCUUCGACAUCCCCAUCCCUACGCCGCCGGCUUGACGAACCGGAAGCUGUUUUUGCAGAAAUUGCGCUGAAGAGAGAUGAUGAAGUCUAUCCAGAAACAGAACGACUAGGACGAGAAUUUGGCACAAACGAAAGCUCGGGGGAUGGAUGGGAGGAGGCUCAGCAUGAGCACACCACCGAGGGAGAGCAAGAUGCCGCUGAGGCUGAUGGGGUCACUGCGCAAGCUGCCGCCAUCCGCGGUGUUGAGAAUGAGGAGUAUGAGCUCGAAGUUUUGAAGAGAAAGAAAGACAUGAAAGGAACUCUUAGCAAGGAAGAUAUGGCAAGAGUUAGCUUGCUGUCAAAUCUUAUCGCGCUGCACAGAGUCGCUGUGAACACACCGGAAGAGGCUGAAGUCGACAACUCUUUGGCCCACCAUUCUUCAGCCCUCGACCCCCAGCAACCGGUUUCUAACGACAUGAUUUCUCCCAUGAUUAGCAUGCAGACACAAAUGCAUCAACUUUCACCCAAGGAUACGAGCAAAGUCACGGAGCUGGCCUUGAGAAUGAUGAGCAACGCGUCAGAGCGGACAAAAGCCAAGCACAGGGCCCAAGUACAUCAGAUACUUCCGCAACACCAGCGGGAGGAAUUGCAGGCCCAAGGCAAGGACCUUGCUUUGUGGUUUUACGAAAACCAAUCUCUCCAACUUCUUGAGACCAACACGGUUCAGCCCGAGCUUGAGAGUCUCAGCCCGUCAGAGGCAACAAUGCCGCAAGAGCAACAACAGGAUGGCCAUACUGGAUUUUUUAUUUCAGAGGGAAAACGUCCCGUUCCCACACAGAGUGGACAAGACAUUCCGAUACAACUUUUUGCGAACGACAACGAGGCUGCUGCUGCUGCUGUUCUCCGCAAACGUGAGGCCGAGUUGGAGGCCGAUUUGGCCUACUUGGAGGCAAUGAAAGCGGCGAGGAUCAAACGGGGCGAGAAAGAUGCAAACAGUUACGACCCCUUUAUCCAUUUCCUUAAGGGAAAGAACUUGGACAACGAACUUCACCUGGGUAUCAGUGGAUCGGAGGUAACCGACGGCGUGAUUAUGUUAGACAGCUCUGAGCAUCCCCUGGGCGUUGGUCGAAAUCUUGAAGAACUUGAGGCGAGAAAGGCUGCGGAAGAAGAGAUGGAGGCUCAAGUCAUGAUGAGAGCUAUGCCGGAAGUAGAGGCCUUGAGCAAAUUUUGUCCAGAAUCGACGGCGGAGGAAGUCGCACAGCAAGAGUACGAGCGCCGACUAGAGGACGACCUGCGACGAUCCGGACUCGAUGAUUCGGCCAUCGGUGCCAUUCUCACUAAGGAAAGGGCACAGGGACGCGAGAACAAGGAGAGAAUAUUAGAGGGUGACGUAGUACCCGUGGUGGAGGUUCCGCGGGAUAUGCUACAGAAAGGGACUGAGCAUGAAACGGAAACACAUCCCGACGAGUCAAAAAAGGAGGAUGAACGACUCCCGAUCAAGUUCAAGGAUGCAGUGGGUCGGAAGUUCAGCUUCCCUUUCCACCUGUGUCAAACCUGGCAGGGGAUGGAAGCUCUCAUCAAGCAGGCUUUCCUCCAUGUGGAUGUACUUGGUCCACAUGUUGAAGAAGGCCAUUACGACAUCGUUGGACUGAAUGACGAAAUCAUCCUUCCAAGUGUCUGGGAGAAAGUCAUUGAGCCCGGCUGGUCUCUAACGAUGGUGAUGUGGCCGAUUGUUUCGCCCAAGGGAAAGGACAAAGCCUUCAGGCACGAUAUAGGAAUUAUGAUGAACAAAUCAGCUGCCCUCCUUGCCGCCGGAAUACCGAUUCAAGAAACCGUUUGCUUCUACCGAUCGGUGUUUUCUCCUGUCCUCUGA